AUGAUAGAACCAGAGUCCUUUAUUGCGAACUCACCAUAUAGUCAAACGCAUGGCAAUUCCUUGGACAAGUUCAACAUUACAAAUACUACUAGCGAGUUGCUAAAAUUUCAGUUACAAGAACAGCAUAGAACAUCACUAGCAAAAGCUCAGAAUUUAGACAAGGAAGAAAGCGAUAUUCUCAACUAUGGCACCAAUAUUUUCCAUAACUCGUUCAACGGCCAUUUACAAGAAAGAAUAGAAUGCGGCUCAAUAUCGAUCCAUUCUCUAUCGAGCUUGUCGUCAUCAGGCACACCUUCAAAUGGCGACGAGCUCGUCUACAAUGAAGACGAGCGAGAAGAGGAAAAAGAGGAAAAACAAGAAGCUUUAGAAGCUGUAUUGCAACGGCAAUCAAAGAAUCCAAACUACUUGAAUUUGAAGAUUUUGAUGGAGAACUCAAUUUUUGAUGCAAGUUUGAUAGGCAAAAAUGCAAUCAUGCCCUUGCACAACUUGGAACAAGUCAAACUGACUAUUUCCGACAAGACAGAUUUGCAGCACUAUUUGUUGUCGAAAAUUUUCCUAACACUGCAGUUUAUUAAUCAAGUGACAAAUGAAGAUUCAGAUUUGUCAGUCUUGUCUCGAGCAGUGAAGAUUAUGCAGUCGUUGCUGCAGCAAGCGAUGCAAAAUAACAAGGAACUAGAUGCUUUGAAACAGAAAUUGAAUGAACAUAAUAUGUCGUGUUUGCUUUUGGGCUAUAUAGACGACGUCAAGCGAAACCAAACCAUGGAUCCACAAGAGCUACUAAUGGGUGGUAAUGGUAGUAAUGGCAUUGACAUUGGAAUGGGGAAUGGCAGUGGCGCCCCCCCUUCUAUUACCACAGGGUCACCUACUCGGAUGCAGGCAUCAAGCGCCUUACCUUCACCAAUGAAAGCGAAUCAGAGCCACGUCAAGAUUUUUGACUCAUUAUUCUCGUACAUUGCAAGCGUGGCUGCACAACGUGGUGUCUCUCUUCCGUCACCGGAAGCCAACUUAGAAUCAGUUCAAAUGAAAAUAGAGUGGCUUCAACAGUGUCUUGACAAAUUACUUGAAAGCUCUCCUGCUAGCAGCACUUAUACAACAUCUGGGGAAACAAAUACUACUAAAAAAGAUGGCAUUUUUGACGAGGGUUCGUCGUUGCCUGUACAAACCAAAACGGCAUUGAAAGCGUUAUCAGAGUACAAAACUGCCUUGACUGAUCUUCGGUUUUCAUAUCAAUACCUAGCUAAAGAAUACGAGUUGUCAAGAGCAACGUCAUCAAAAACAAUACAAGAGUACCGGAAGAAGCUAGAAAAAUUGAAAAAUGAGACUAAUUUUGGAACGGAAAGUAAUAGUGUUUCUUUUUCGAGUAAUCGCCGAUAUACUUCACUGUCAAUGUUAUCGUCAGCUUCAAUUGAUGAUAAGGACAAAGAGAUCUCUAAGCUUCGGAAAGAAUUAAACUUGUUGAAAGUCGACAGUUUUGGAUCUCAGCAAAACAACCUCAAAGUCAAGUCUCCAUCUCAAAACGAUUUUACCAAAAAUGUGUCUCCAGUAACCGGAUGGUCUCUAGGUGUACUGCCAACCGAAAGUGAAAAUGGAACAGUAAGCGAGAACAACGGGGAUGUGACAAUCGCAACUUCCCCAACAAGUACUCAACAAACGCCACAACUGAGCGGUGUAAGUAAUGCUUUGUUGAAAAAGGAGUUUAAAAAGAUUAUAAGCGAAAUGCAAGAUCAAUACGAAUUAGAGUUGACUGAAGAAAGAUUGAAAAGAAAGAAACUUGAAGAUGAAUUGAGUCGUUUAAGAGAUGUAACAUGA